UCGAGUGUUUUGUGGCUCUUAAAAACUCGUCAUGUUUGCCUUAAAAGUUAAAGAAUAAAUUAUAGGUGGCCAAUAAAUUUGAUCAGUCGUAUACAGAAAGUUGUUUUAUAAUGAUGACUAUUAAACGCACGGGUAUUUUACAACAUUUCAUAUGAUUAUACAUUUUUUUUUUUUUUACCAUUAAACACACCUAAUACCGAUCAUGGAUCCUAAUAAUUCAAGAACCGCACCGAUACCUAACACUCCACCACCGCCGUACGACGAAGGUCCAGGAAUUUAUCCAGCAAAUUUUGUGUAUUCUAAUGAUUACACAACGCAACAUCAAUAUUUCACACCCGAGUAUAUAAUAGAAACAACUUUGAGUCCAAUGCCAGUCUAUAUGUUUUGUCCGACGUGCCAUAAUUAUAUAAUUACCGAAACCGAUGAAUUGCCGUCAAACGAAGCGUAUUUAUGUUGCAUGCUAAUAUUUAUUCUAGGGUGUGCGUUAUGUUCAUGUCUACCGUUCUUUAUGAAAUCUUUUCAAAAAGUUGACCACAAGUGUUCACAGUGUGGGUCUUACAUUGGAACGUAUACACCAUGAAAAUUACGAUACAAUAUGACAAUUUAUAUGAACCACGUUUAACGUACAAUUAUUUAAAACGUAUUGACAAUUUUAUGAUUUUAUUUUAGAUGAUAAGUGUGUAUAAUUAUUUAGU